AUGCCGAACUGCCCACGUUGCCAGAAGCCUGUCUAUUUUGAGAGAGGGAAAGCCAUACUGCAACCGCUGCUACGGAGCAAUGUUUGGACCACGUGGAUACGGUCAUGGAGGUGUCGAAUCGCACACUUUCCAUCAAGGACAGACGACUGGACAGGUUGGCAUGAAUUGAUUGCUUAUGGUAUUAUUCUAAAUGUGUUCGGUGCUGCUUUAUUGCUUAUAAAAGCACAAUUGGACAAGGAUGUGAUAAAAGCAGCGGUGGAUCAAAAGUUUCGAGAUGCUGGAAUUCGUGUGAAUUCCACAGAUGGAACUGAUGAAGAAGAAGAAAUCACAGAGCCAAGUGCAGUUCUUCUUGUUAUGAUCACAAUGGGAGGGAGAAUGGCAAAUGUUGUGGGAACUAUGAAGUUGUAUAAGGGACUUGGAAAGUAUUUAUCGGAUCGAAAAAGGAAAAAGUUCCAAUCGACGACUGAAAGAAUUCAAAACGGCGAAGCCGAAACUGAAUGCACCGAACUUCUUGCUGAUUGCUGUCAAGUUUGUUAA